GGACGCUUCAUAUCGCGGCGCGCUGCCACCGCGGCAACACGUUCUCGCGGGUGUUCUCGACGAAGAUCCCGCUAAACGAGCUCCCCAGCUGUUAUCCGUCUCGAGCUUUGUUGGUCUCAGCUUUCUCGGAAGUACGACGGAAGUCCGCGAUUUAUUGUGACUCGUAGUGACACGCUCGGCACAUAUCGCUCCGAUUUCGAUUUCACAUGUUUUGAGCGUGGCACUGUACUGUUCUCACGAGAUUUAAGUGAGUGAGGGACGAGCUUUCAAACAGGAGAAAGCUGGCGAGGCAGAUUGUGACGAGAGAGAAGAUCUCGGAGCUAUUGGAGUUGCUGGUGCUGCGCUGGGCUAGAAUGUCAUUCUUCAGGGGUUUGUGGAAAAGCAGCUCCAAGCAUAAGAAAUUAUGCGAGGAAUGGGCGUUGGCGAACAGCCGCGAGUGCGUAGAGGGUGGUUCGGCUGGGACAACCCACGGGGAGGAAUCCGAGGACACGUCCGAGGCUAGGUUCACCCUCAAAUAUUUGGGCAGCACCCUCGUCGAGACACCCUCGAGUGAAGAGGCCACGGCGGAAGCCAUCAAGACCGUCAUCACCAUGGCGAAAGCAAGCGGAAAAAAGCUGCAAAGGGUCUCUCUGGCUGUGAGUCUGCGAGGGAUUAGAAUGACGGACCUCGCCACCGAAGAGGAUCAACUUCAAGUGUCGAUAUACAGAAUCUCGUACUGCUCGGCAGACGCGACUCACGAUCAUGUGUUUGCGUUCAUCGCGACGAAUCUGAACGAGACGAUGGAGUGUCAUGCGUUUCUCUGUCCCAAGAGAAAAAUGGCUCAGACAGUGACACUGACUGUAGCACAAGCCUUCAACACGGCUUAUCAGGCGUGGCAGUUGUCGCAGUCCGAUCCCAGGAUCCAUCACGCACAAGAUAAGAGUCCUCCUUUGACAGGCGACAAGACUGAUAACAAUGAAAAGAAGAACGUCAGCGAGACAAAAACCGCCAACGGGAAGAUUAACGAGCAAAAUAAGCAGAAUAGUCAACAGCGGCGUAAUGAAAGUCAGAAGAAUUUAUUAAUUGAUCUGUCGAACGAUCCUAAACCGGCAGGAAACUCAUGGGUGUGCUUCGAGGAGGACUCGGACACGAAGAAGAGCCAGAAGAAGAACGCGGCGGUCAACAACAGUAUUCCUAUGACCACGCUUAGGCAUCAUACAACGGCAUCGUCCACCCCGGCUCAUCACGUGGUGCCUCGACCGAGCGCCGGCUUCAAGAUGCAAAACGCCUGGGGCGAAUCCAGAUCGGUCGACCUGAUGUGCUCGUAGCAGGCAGGAUAGCCGGCGGCCGAUAGCUUCAGGGAUGUGCCGUUGAUCACAGGUCUCUGGAAGCAUCUUUCAAACAACGGCCAAGCCAAAAAGACCAACGGCAGCCAUUAGAUCCUCCAGUCGAACUGUCCCAAUAGCUCUAUAUUCCUCUAGCUUUCGAAUUAAGGCAUCGAGAAACGAUGAGAUACGGUACCGAUAAUUCGUAUUUUUAGCGAAUGUGGAAUGAGGAAAGACAGCGGAGACGCGACACAGUGAUGUCUAUCUUGUGUGAUGUAAUCUUAAUGAGACUACGUUAAGUCCGAUAGGGUUUCUCAUAUCAGUUGAAGGAACGAAGGAAUGGCUGCAUGGAUGAUUUCUAUAUUCGGUAUAAUAACACGGCUGAUUUUUAAAGAGGACCAACCCGCAGCUGAGAAAGAUCAUAAUCCUGGGUGAGAUCAAUUUGUAGUGAAUUUUGUAUAACAUAUAUAUGUAUAAAACUGUGCCAAUUAUACUUUACACGUACAUAUCGCAUAAACAUCAUGAAUGAGGAUAUAAGAGUCUCGAGACACGCGCGCUUUUUUUAUCGUUUUUAUAAGAGUAUUAACUCUGGAAAUUAGAUUAAUACUAGUCGUACACUCGCACUUUCAGAAAAUAAAACUUCCAAGAGAGAUCAGCAUUAUUAAAAUUUCAGUUUUCAAGAUACAAAGAAAUUAAGAAUCUUGAUAUAAAAAUCAGAUAAAUUUAUUAUUAAAUUAAAUCAAUUUUUAAAUAUUA